GCCAGCGGCGCGCAUGGAUUUAUGAAGACACUCAUGCAAGAAGUGGGCAGGACUUGGACAAACUUUUCCACCGGCUCCGCGUCCGCCGCUCCCCGCGCCUCGUCUCCUUUCCCCUCCUCUCCCGGCGGCCGCCGCUGCCCGCGAUGGUGGCCGCGCUGCUGGGCGGCGGCGGCGAGGCCCGCGGGGGGACCGUGCCGGGCGCCUGGCUGUGCCUGAUGGCGCUGCUGCAGCUGCUGGGCUCGGCGCCGCGGGGCUCUGGGCUGGCGCACGGCCGCCGCCUCAUCUGCUGGCAGGCGCUGCUGCAGUGCCAGGGGGAGCCGGAGUGCAGCUACGCCUACAACCAGUACGCCGAGGCGUGCGCGCCGGUGCUGGCGCAGCACGGCGGGGGCGACGCGCCCGGGGCCGCCGCCGCCGCAGCAGCUUUCCCGGCCUCGGCCGCCUCCUUCUCGUCGCGCUGGCGCUGCCCGAGCCACUGCAUCUCGGCCCUCAUUCAGCUCAACCACACGCGCCGCGGGCCCGCCCUGGAGGACUGUGACUGCGCGCAGGACGAGAACUGCAAGUCCACCAAGCGCGCCAUUGAGCCGUGCCUGCCCCGGACGAGCGGCGGCGGCGCGGGCGGCCCCGGCGCGGGCGGGGUCAUGGGCUGCACCGAGGCCCGGCGGCGCUGCGACCGCGACAGCCGCUGCAACCUGGCGCUGAGCCGCUACCUGACCUACUGCGGCAAGGUCUUCAACGGGCUGCGCUGCACGGACGAAUGCCGCACCGUCAUUGAGGACAUGCUGGCUAUGCCCAAGGCGGCACUGCUCAACGACUGCGUGUGCGACGGCCUGGAGCGACCCAUCUGCGAGUCGGUCAAGGAGAACAUGGCCCGCUUGUGCUUCGGCGCCGAGCUGGGCAAUGGCCCGGGCAGCAGCGGCUCGGACGGGGGCCUGGACGACUACUACGAUGAGGACUACGAUGACGAGCAGCGCCCCGGGGGCGCGGGUGGUGAGCAGCCGCUAGACGACGACGACGGCGUCCCGCACCCACCGCGUCCAGGCAGCGGCGCUGCUGCAGCGGGCGGCCGCGGGGACCUGCCCUAUGGGCCCGGGCGCAGGAGCAGCGGCGGCGGCGGCCGCUCGGCGCCCCGGGGCGCCUGGACCCCACUUACCUCCAUCUUGCUGCUGCUGCUCGGGCUGCUCUUUUAGGCCUCGCGCCCCCCGCCGUUGGCUGCGGGAGAGCCUGCGUCCCGCUCCCGUGCUCGCCUCGCCCCCGCGCCGGGGCACCUGUGGCUUGGGGACAGAUAGAGGGGAUGGUUGGGGAUACUUCCCAAAACUUUUUCAAGUCAACUUGGUGUAGCCGGUCCCCCCCGCCACGACUCUGGGCACUUCCCCUGAAGCUCCUCUCCGGAGCUUGACUUCUUGGACCUCUUCCCCCGCCCCAAUUCCAAGCUGCAGAAACUCCCGACUUGUCUGCCGUCCAGAAACCUAGCUGCAGUGUUCAGGACCUCCCGGAGGAAGCGGGCAUGUAGGGGACAUAACAGUAGUCCUGGACUCGAAAGGGAAGGUGCUGACCAGUGGGGCCUUAGCAAUUCGAAGGGAUGGGAAGGAGGAAUUAUAUUUGCAAAGGGGCUGCCUAUUAGCAUAUUUCCUUUGAGGGGGAAAAAAAGUACCAGUAUCGACUUUUAUAGAUUGUGGCCAGUGAGGACGUUAGAAUCCUAUGUAAACAGAAAAGUCCCACUUACCGAUUCAUUCUUUCACUGUUUGUAUGAGCGCCCAGAAUUCUCAGUGACGUGGGGGUGGGGGUGGGCGGCGAUUGCCUUAGAGGGAACCCCUAAAUUGGUUUUGGAUAAGUUUGAGCCCUUGACCUUAAUUUCAUUGCUACCACUCUGAUCUCUUAGCACAUUUCUUAGGAUUAAGGGUCAAAAAAUGCUGAUCUAAGGGGUUGCCAUGGUGUUGAACAAUGCAACUUUUUAUUUAAAAAAGCUCUGCACUGCCAUCUAUGAAAGCCUCUUUAUGAUGUUUGUUUUUUUGCCAUUUUUGUUCUUUACAUCAAGAAAUUGUAUGUUUAAAUAUGCGGAGAAUGUAUAUUGCCUCUGCUCCUAUCAGGGUUGCUAAACCCUGGUACAUCGUAUAUAAAAUGUAUUAAAACUGGGGUUUGUUACCAGUUGCUGUACUUUGUAUAUAGAAUUUUUAUAAAUUGUAUGCUUCAGAAAUAAUUUAUUUUUAAAAAGAAAUUAAAAGUUUUAAACUCACAUCCAUAUUACAUCUCCCCCCCCCGAAAUGUAUAGAAUCUAUUUGUCACCAGGAAUCAAAACCCACGGUCCAUUGUGAAGUGUGCUAUAUUUAGAACAGUCUUAAAAUGUACAGUGUAUUUUAUAGAAUUGAAGUUAACAUUCUUAUUUUCAAGAGAAUUUAUGGACGUUGUAGAAAUGUACAAAUGCAUUUCCAAACUGCCUUAAACGUUGUAUUUUUAUAGACAUUGUUUUUAAAAAAUCCUAAGUUUUUAAAUAACUAUGGAUUUGUGUAUUUUUUGGUUGUUUUAUUAAAACGUGUACAUCAGUAAAGAGUUUUAAACAAUGAA